AUGAAUCACAUAUUUCAUCUACCCGUCGAGAUUCUCAUCGGGAUAUACCAAUCUUUAAGCGACAUUGACGACGUCUUACAUUUCGCGCGCACCUGUAGAUACCUCAACUCUAUUUUUGACCCAGUGGAGGCACGCUUGAGGAUAUUCAGAUCUGUUAUUAGGAACGCCCCUCAACAUGCAUAUGAGACCGAGCUCUAUGAACGAGUUCAGCUAUUCGGGCUGUUCUCAGAGAAGUUCUAUUCAGCAUCGCCCGUCCAACAAGUGGCCGCAUCUCGCGCACGGUUCCUUGCCGGCCAUGCAAAUCAUCCAGAGAUGGUGAGAUCAAGCAAUACAAUACCUGCUGCGGCGGUUUGGGAAAUACUUUGUCGAUGGCAGGGGAUGCGCCUUUUGUUCGAUUUGUUUUGCGACUCCUGCGUGCAAGAAUCUUAUUCUGUCUCCGGGUUUCCCUGCCUGCCGCUAGACGAAGAGGAUUGGGUAGCGCUGGCCGGUGAAGACACCCUACCGGCUCCAUCAAGGAGUAGUCAUGCGAUACUUGACGAGGUGGAUGCUGAACAGAAGCAGCGUUCCUAUCAAAGGUUCUACAAGGCCCUGACGGCUCAUUGGACUGCAGUCGAAGCAUUAUGGCUCGGAAGAGCGCAAGUGUAUACAACUUCCAAGCAAUGCGACAAGUCCUUUGGACUUGUCUGGACGAAGUGGACAAAUAACCCAGACCGGCCCCUAGAGGAAAAGAUCGACCUUGUUGAAGUGGUCGACUUCGUCUGGGGCUUUCUUGGACGCAAGUGUUUUCCGGUCUCUAGCGUGCCAGCCUGGCUGGAGGGCGAGAGGGAAGAAACUAUGCAGGAAUACCUCGACGACAAUGGCACCGUGGCCUCCAACUGGCCUUUCUUCGUGCAGCGUGUCAUACAGUAUCUACGGCCGCCUCAAGUUAUAGAAUUGCUUCUCUCGAUGUGGAAGCUUCAUGACGACCAGAAUCUUGAUCGGCCCACCUAUUUGCAGCGAUUGGGAUUUUCUGAUGUGUUUGAGGGGAUAAUAGAAGGCGAAGAUCGUUGGGUGAGUACCGAUACUUGGUUUCCGAUUACAGUGGUGGAAUCAGAUGUGGAGAAUGGAUUGUAUUACAUGGAGGAUGGUCCUUCCCUGGUAGCGAAAUGGGACUACUACAGACGAGUGAUGUGGCCGUCAGAUGCAAGAACUAAGGUUUUGUUUCGAAAUGAAUCCGGACAAGAGCUAGUUGAACGUAUUACGGCUAAAGUUUGA